CUAGAUCCACUAGAUCUAGAGUGCCAAAAGGGGGAAUUGCUAGUACAUAUUUCGAAGAAGUAUAAUUGUAAGUUGUUGAAUUGGUUUACUUGAAAGAAUGUAAAGUCUCGUUCUCACCGGAAGCGAGGAAAUCUUCGAUGAACUAUGAACUUCCUCGUUUCACUGGGAUAUCGUCGUACCCUACUCGCUCUGCUCAUGUCUUGUGGACAGUAGACCAACAUGCUAUCCGAAAAGGAGAAGGAAGGUUUCCAACAAAUGCUGUCCCAGUUGUCUGGGGAUGAACUCUUAUCUUUGAAAGACACUGUUACAAGGACAAUGGUGACGGCACAAAGCAAGACAGAAGCAAUCAGUGCCAUUGUUAAUUACAGUGAGAGUGCUGUGCAGUUAUUACGCAGAAAGAAGCUGAAACACAAAUAUAUUUUCCAGUACUUGGUCAGUAAUAACAUCCAUGUGUUGCCCACCGCUGAUAAACCAUGUCUUAUACGCAAAGUUAUGGAACAUUGGGGAACACAAGUCCAACUUCUACGUGAUGUGGACCUCAAAGAGGAACCUGGUGACUUGGAUAUGCAUCAGGAACACAGGGCACCAACAGAUGGACGAGUGUCUCCAGUAAACGUGAUGCAGUCCAUGGCUGAACAGUUUUCUACUUGGUUUUAUCAAAUGCUCAACUCUUAUAAUCCAAUACUGGGGCAGCAACCAAGUAGUUCUUGGGGACCACAGCAUUUUUAUCACAAUGUCAAAUUAAAAAUUUUUAUAGAACGAGGUUUAGAAGAGUUUGAAGGAGACACUUUGGUUGCACAAAGACUGUUGGCAUUUCCCAAAGAUGAAUGUUUGCUGUUUAAUCCAAAUAUUGGUCCUAAUGGAGUCAAAGGAAUGGAGAAUGCUCACGGUCUUGUUUUGGUGUGUGUCUGUGGAACAGUUCAUCGAGGAAAUAACUGUUUAGGUGUAUUUGAACAGACUUUUGGGUUAAUUAAAGAUCCAGGUUUGCAGAACAAUUGGAAAAUAAAACACAUUAAUCUGAAGAUGCAGAUUACGGCAGUGGCUCAGACACCAGUACUUGAUGACACACCGGAAACUCUAGCUAUCAUGGCACAACCAGGGAAUACACUUUCAUUGAGAUAAUUCAUUAAAUGACAGCACUCAGACACGAUUCAUUAAAUGACAGCACUCAGACAUGAUUCAUUGUUCAUUAUCACAGUUAACACAUGGAGGUGAUUAAUAGAAUGAAGACACUGUCAUUGAAAGAUUUCAUUGUACAUUAUCGAAGUAUGCCAUAUACCAAGUAAUUCAGUAUGAAAUGACAUGGAGAUAUUUCAUCCAGAAACAUUUGGGACACAUGAAAAUAUUGUAUGGUAUUGGUAAAUUAUGAAAUCCAUGGUCUUGUAUGUCCAUUGAAACAAAAUUUGAGAAUUUUGUGCAACUAAAAACAGGAAUUGACAUCGUGGAUGAAGGGUCUUCUAUUAAUCAAGCUAAAUUGAAGAUGUGUUUAGUUGAAAUAUGCAACAUUCAGCUUAAA